AUGCCAUCCAGGAAGAAAACCUGCAUGUUUGCCUCUGCUUUCUGUACCUGUGUGAGCUCCUUCGUGGUGAUCUGUGUGGUGCUGGCCACGCCGCAGUGGGUGAGCAGCGAGGUUCGCUUCUCGCGCACCGGCUCCAACGUCACCGUCAGCCUCCAGUACGGCCUCUUCAGGGGCACCUGCGAGCAGUUCGUGGAUGCAGGGCUCCAGGUGUCCGAAACCACCUUCCAAGUGUCGGACGCCCUGCGCAGCGCCGGCGGCAGGGCCCUCAACGUGGCCACCAUCACCGUGCUGGUGCUGGCCCUGCUCAGCUCCCUGCUCAGCGCCGGCUUCACCUGCACCAACGCCGUCAGCAACCCCUACCAGACAUUCCUGGGACCCGUCGGAGUCUACACCUGGAAUUCCCUGUGCGGGCUCCUCACGCUCACGGCCAUGAUCCUUUUCCCUGUGAACGUGGAAGGGAACAGCCUGUCUGAGGAGCUGGCCCGGGGGUGCUCCACCUCCCUGCAGGCACGCCUGGGAUCCCAGCACAGCUAUGGAUAUUCCUACUGGAUCAUGCUGCUCAUCAUCGUCCUGAACGCUGCCUCUCUCGUCAUCAUCUAUUUCUACGACCACGCCAGCUAUUCCAAGAAGAAAGAGCAGGAAAGACCCAUAGAAAAUGCACCAAAGGACGUGAUUCUGUUUUAAGGACGCCUUGGAAAAGGGGUGUGAAGGAAGAGG